GCCCCGCAGACUCUCGCGAUACCCAGGCGGUCACUGUCUGAAAGGAGUAAUGGCCGCCGUCAUAGCAAUGGCCAGAACAGGGAGCAAUAGUAGAAGUAUACCGGAGUGCUUUAGCUGACCAGGGACGUGAUUAAGCGACGGGUGCCCCCUCCUACCCGGUAUUUCGGAACGAAUGGGUAGAGGGGGUUUGGCCAGAGGAAACAAAAGACAAAAGGAACUGGGAAAGAAGCGGAGGGAAGCUUACACCACCGUGAUAGUUAGCAGCAGCUAUUAGCACGGUUGUCACUGCUGGGAAAUAACCCGAGUAAAGCAGUGACAAGAGUCGUGGGAGACGGAGAAUAAGCUCUGGAGCUAGUGAACAACAAAUAUGAGUGGACCUGGACAUGACAGCGAGCCAGAGGCCAAAGUCCUUCUCAUCAAGCGGCUUUACAGGGCUGUGGUGGAGUCUGUGCACAAACUGGAUGUUAUCAUUGGCAGUAAAUCUUCCUACAGAGAGGUCUUCAAACCGGAAAACAUCAGCCUUCGCAACAAGCUCAGGGAGCUUUGUGUGAAGCUGAUGUUUCUCCAUCCUGUGGACUACGGUCGCAAAGCCGAGGAGCUGCUCUGGAGAAAGGUCUACUACGAGGUCAUUCAGGUCAUCAAGACCAACAAGAAGCACAUCCACAGUCGAAGUGCUUUGGAGUGUGCUUAUCGCACACAUUUAAUAGCCGGCGUGGGAUUCUACCAACACCUGCUGCUCUACAUCCAGUCACAUUACCAGCUGGAGCUGCAGGACUGCAUCGACUGGACCCACGUCACAGAUCCUCUAAUUGGCCGAAAGAAACCAGUGUCUGCCACCCCCAAGGAGAUGGAAUGGGCACAGAUGGCGUGUCAUCGCUGUCUGGUCUACCUCGGAGAUCUAGCUCGAUACCAGAAUGAACUUGCAGGAGUCGAGGCUGAGCAACUGGCGGAGAGGUUUUACCACCAGGCCCUGUCUGUCGUGCCACAUGUGGUAGGGAUGCCUUUCAACCAACUGGGAACACUGGCAGGAAGCAAGUUCUACAAUGUUGAAGCAACCUACUAUUACCUGCGCUGCAUCCAAUCAGAUGCCCCCUUUGAGGGCGCCUAUGGCAAUUUGAAGCGCCUCUUCGACAAAGCAGCUAAGAUGUACCAUCAAGUGAAAAAGCAGGAAAUGAAGAAGCUCUCUCCAUCACGGCAAAGAUCAAAAGAUAUUAAACGUCUCCUGGUGAGCUUCAUGUACCUCCACAGCCUCCUGCAGCCCAAGAACAGCUCCUUUUCUGGGUCACCCUAUAGUGUGAUGGAACCUGAGCUGACGUCUCUCUGCCAGUCCAUACUGGAGGACUUCAACCUGGUGCUCUUCUACCUGCCACCAUCAACCCAUAGUGGUCCUCACCAGUCUGUAAGUGAGGAAGAGGAGGAGCAGCAGCACCCAGACAACUCCUGCCCUGUGCUGCCUGACACUCUCAUCUUUAAGAUGGUCAUCACAUGCCUGAUGGUGGUCCACAGUCUGAAGAGGGGAGGGUCAAAGCAGUACACUGCCUCCAUAGCCUUCACUCUGGCACUCUUCUCCCACCUGGUGAACCACGUCAACAUCCGACUGCAGGCUGAACUGGAGGAGGCAGAGAGCCAGGUCCCACAGCUACACACAGACGCCACAGAUGAUCUUGACAUGAAGGAUUUGUCAACUCGUCCAACAGACCACUCUGAAGAAAUGCCUCUGCAGAAUGGCUCUCUGGAGCAAGAUGAAGAUGAGGAGGAGGCAAAUAAGGAAAAUGGCAGUGAGAGCAUUGAAUCCAAAAAGUCUAGCAGCGUGGAUGAACAGUGCAAAUCAGAAGAGGAAAAACAGAGGCAGAAAAAGAAGUACACUCGUCUGUCUCGACUUCGCAGGCGGCGUUGUGGCCGCAAAGAUGGCCGAGGUGUGGACGAAAGUGAUCUGAGUGAAGGCUGUGAGAGUGAGGAAGACGAGGAUGAGGACGAUGACAAGCGUGGGCGUUGUGAUUCAACCAGUGGCCCAACGAAAAGAACUUCUCUCAAUUCCUCCUCUAUCAAGAAAGUGACCAGGAGACAGACACUGGGGGAUGAGGGGAGCUCAGAGGAAGAGGAGGAGGAGGAUGCAGGAACUGCCUUUGAUGUGGAGACUGACUCGGACAUGAAUAGCCAGGAGUCUCGUUCAGAUCUGGAAGACAUAGAAGACACAGAAAACUCUGACAACUUAGAAGGACAUGUCCGAGAGCAACAUGAUGAAGAAGAGGAGGAAGAACAACAAAGAGAAGAAGGUGGUGACAGGGACGGCGAUACUCCUCCAACCACCAAUGGGCCGCUACUCCCUAACGACUCCAGUAUCAGCAGUAACCUCCAGGCCAUGUCCUCUCAACUCUUUCAGGCCAAACGCUGUUUCCGCCUGGCACCAACAUUUACUAACAUGCUGUUGAGGCCUCAGACUUCAUCCUCCUCAAUAACUCCCACUCCCCCCAAUGUCACAACUCCACCCUCACAAGAGACCCCUCCUCCAGGGGAGUCACACUGCGACAUGAAUGCUAGUACUGCCAAUGGAACUGGUGAACAUGAUGUGGACUCAGACUCUGAGGGCAGUGAACAUAGCACUCCGUCCGUGCACAGUGAGAAAACGCUCUUGGAGAAGCUGGAGAUCAUGACAAAUCAGGGGUUGAUCCAAGUGGUUAAAGUCUUUCUUGACUGGCUCAGGACCAACACUGAUAUAAUUCUAAUGUGUGCUCAGAGUUCUCAGAGUCUGUGGAACCGAUUGUCUGUACUGCUGAAUCUGCUGCCUGACGGAAGCAAAAUGCUGGAGGCUGAGCUGGGUCUGAAUUCAGAGGUGACUCAACUAAUGAACGAGUGUGAGCAGCCUGCUUUCGUCCAGACUCUGCUGCUGCCUGAGGACCUGGCUCUGAGACAGUUGCCCGCUCUCAGUGUAGCGCACCGUCGCCUUGAUUUUGCUCGCCGCUACCCUGCCCUCAGCCCUUUAGAAGAGUGUGUGGUGCGAGUGUGUUGCAUUCGCAGUUUUGGACACUUCCUAACAAAUCUCCAAGGUAACGUGUUGCACUUCAACCCAGAGGCGGGCAUUUUCACCAGCAUCAGCCAGUCAGAGCAAGACAAUCUGCUGCAGCAGGCCAAGGCCCAGUUCAGAAUGGCAGAGGAGGAGGCUCGUCGGAAUCGCUUAAUGAGAGAUAUGGCCCAGCUUCGACUUCAAUUAGAGGUGUCACAGCUAGAAGGCAGCCUUCAGCAACCGAAAGCCCAGUCGUCCAUGUCUCCCUACCUGGUGCCAGACUCGGCUGCACUCUGUCAGCACUUGAACCUGGUUCGACAGCUGGCCAGCAGUGGCUGCUUCAUCAUCAUCAUCCCUCGGACUGUGAUUGAUGGACUGGACAGACUGAAGAAGGAAAACGCUGGGGCGAGAGACAGCAUCCGCUUCCUGGAGUCUGAAUUUCGCAGAGGCAAUAGGUACAUACGCUGCCAAAAGGAGUCAGGUCGAAGUUCCGAACGAGACAAGCUGAAACGGCAGGACAUUGAAGCCUGGCAUUUGUAUAAGAUGGUGGACAGCUGUCGUCAGCUGACCAUCUCCCAGAACAAUGGAGAUGAAGAUACAGCUGGUAUGGUGACCAUUUUGACUGGUCAUCAUGUAGAGGAGCUGAGCAGUCGAUCAGCAGCAAUGAAAACGGCGAUGCAGGCUGUGAGCUCUGCAGGCAUGGAGCUGAAGAACAUCGCAGAGUUCUACCGUCAGUGGAAGGAGAUUGGCUGAGAGCUGAAAAGAGGGGAGAGCUGUCGUCACCGAGACCAGCUGAUCGAUCACAGCACUUGCUCCCUCUCUCUCUCUCUCUCUCUCCCACUCUUUUGCUCUGUGUGUAUCUGCGUCUCCAAAGGCAAAAAACAAAUAUCUAACAACUCAAGAAAAGAAUGGUGGAAGGAAGGAAAAGAGUUAGAACUAAGGAGAGGAUGAAAAUUAAAUACUGUGGAGUAAAAAAGAUGAAGAGAAACAAAGAGCAGAAGUGGUGCUAAAAGAGCAGCAGAUCUGCCACUUCUAUUACGAAAAAUAAAGAGUGACCCCUAGUGGAUGGUAUGAGAAAAUGAUGAAGGGGAUGCUACACAUCUUUGAAGUGCCCCUGGUUCACACCGUAACCAGGUUCACACUGUAAAUGUUAGCAAACGUGUCGAGAGAGACACACCAUGCUCACACACGUAAACAUGCUCAUGCUCAUAUAGAUAUUUAGAGCAGCGGUUUGGAUUUCUGUUCCUGACUCCCUUUGCCCUUUAGUAUCAUUGUAAGAAACUGGGUGAGGAUGGUGCACGUCAGGUUUAAAGAAGAGUGUUUGACACAUACAACACACACACACGUAUGGGCUGUGCACUGUAAAGUAAGGUUGCAGAGGACAGAUGUACCCUUGGGAUCGGUUUCUUUUCUAUGUGGCUUUUUUUUUUAGUCGUUUGUUUUGUUUUGGUUUUUUUUGCAGUGUACGUUUGUGCCCAGUGAAAUGUGCUAUAAGAAAAGAGACAACAGGUGUUAAUUGCCCUGUCAAAGCUUUUAAUUUGGAUUUUAUUUUUGUACCCGAACGUUUAUUUUGCCUUUUUGUAUCCCCUAAAAAUGCCUUAUACAAAAAUGUUUAAAGGAAAGAGUCGUCGUCAACUGUUUGUCCACUGAUCUGCUGCAAAAUGAUGUAGAAAAAUUGAAAUACCUAAUUUAUCACGAAAGGUGGGAGAAGCUCAUUGGCCGAAUUUUGUGGCUAAACAAAAGGGGAGGGGUUAGGAGGAGAGAUCAGUACAAUGUGUGUGUCCUUAAGGAGUGCGAGAACUCUCUGUAAAGUCUGACAAAUGUAUCCCAACCACAUCAACAUUUCCAUAGUGACCGUCCCGUCAUACACCGUGCAAAAUUAGACCAGUGUAUGUAUGUGUGUGACCAUGCAUUGAACAAUAAAAAGAAGCUCUUAAAAUGUU